AUAUAUAUGCAUACAGAUUUAUAGAUAACCAUUUCAAAGAAACAUCAUGACGGCAAAACAAUGGAACACAGUCAACAUUAUAUUUUUAAAAUGUGUAUUGUUCAUGGCCAUUGUAAAAACAGUUUAUGCUGUACGAUGUUUUGAAUGCAAGGGCACACCUUUCCCGCGAGAUUGUGCAAAAGUAGUUACGUGCGGCCCUGACGAGUUUUGUUCUGUUGAGCAAGUGGUGACGACUAGUGGACUCAUUGUGUACAACAGCGGGUGCUUGUCGCAGUCCAGAUGCCAGAAUUUCCUCAUCCACAAAAAGCGUGGUGGGGCUCUAGACAAGGCCCUCUCUCUGCCUAGCAGGAGCACCGACAUCAUCACCUGUCUCGAAUGCUGCACCGACUCGUACUGUAACAAUGCAGGAUGCGGUGCAGAUGCUAUUCCACGCAAUACGAGAGGACCAUACUGCUUUACCUGCAAAGAACUGAACGAUCCACUGCAGUGCGAGAUUGCGACUGUGUGUGCCGAUAACGAGCAAUGUCUGAUGUUCGGACCAGUUGAAUACAUGAACCACCCAGACGCAGUCUACAGAGGUACUUGUGAAAACACCGCGGCAUGUCACGUAUUAACAACAACAGUCAAGAACAGCCAUUGUCCUCCAUAUUGUUGCUCCGAUGACUUUUGUAAUAUCAAAUGUGGAAGCCAGACAAACGGAUCACUUACAACACCAGCCCAGCAGUCUACAAUCCACCUAAGCACCAUGUCCCCCACUGCCGUUGUACAUACAACGACAACAGAACCGCCAUCUACUACAAAUACCGUCACCAACGUUGUGCCAACUACUUCAGCUGCAGUAGCAGCAACUGCCACACAGCCAACACUUGCAACACAUCCAUCCUACUGUCCCAACGAUUACUACUAUGACGAAUUGUCUGCAAUUUGUGUCAAAGUCGUUGACGUAUCAAGUAACUACCACGACGCACAGGUUUAUUGCAGGGGAGAAGGUGAUGAACUUGUGACCAUUGACAGCCACCUAAAGAUGGUGUUUAUUGAAACAACCCUAUUGCAUCACUUCUACGAUCCUUCGGAAAGUCUUCGUUAUUGGAUUGGAGCUUAUGCUCCUGGAUCUGGUGACAAAACAUUUCAAUGGCCAAACGGACAGAAUCUACAAUACACAUACUGGGGUGGGCACGAUGAAGUCUACCAAAAUGAGCAGCCCGACAGAAACGAGAAUCAGAGAUGUGUUGCCAUUAUUGAGAAAGACCAUUUCAUGUGGCAUGAUGAUACCUGUGAUAGUAACUAUCGUGUAAUCUGCGAGAAAAUGGCGAUACCUACGGAUGGCACCGUUUCAGCAACCACUGUGAUUUCAACGACAACUGGACAUCAUGUAUGUGAUACACAAGACGGUUAUGAGUUGCUGCAGAAUCAGCUUUGCAUUAAGUUCCACAAUCAGGCCAAGGCGUGGCCUCAAGCUCGGGAUGCGUGUAAACAUGAGGGUGGUGAUUUACUCGUCAUGGAUACAGACAACAAGGCAUCGAUUAUGAAGAACAAAGUACUUCAUAAUCACCAGCACAGCUAUUGGAUUGGAGGAAAUGACUUCGAUAAGACGAACACUUUUAAAUGGGUCGACCUGACCAUCAUUAACCUUAACAACGGUUUCUGGGGGCCCGAGCAGCCAAACAACAUUGACGGCCACACGGAGCAGGACUGCGUUGCGAUGUUGAAUGAAGGCCAUGGGUGGCAUGACGACCACUGUGACAAAUCUUUGCCUUUCAUAUGUGAACGUCAAAUGUAGAACGACAUGUUCUGAUUUUGUUUGCCGGUACUUAUCAAGUAUCGGUGUGUAUUCGAAGACGAUAAAAUCGAAAUAAAAGUAUAUUCAAACA